AUGAAUGAGAUAACAGAAUUCACGAUUCUUUAAUUGAAAUGUUAAUUAGAAAGUUCAUUGGAAAAUAAUGGUUCUUAAAGUAAGGAAAGCCUAAAAUUAUUAUUAUAAUAUAGUAAAAUGCUUAGUGAUUAUGCAGAAUCAUAACCAAAUUAAAAAGCUAUUGCUAUUCUAAAUUAAGGUAAUAUUGAUAAGCAAUUAUUAUUUUAGCUUAUAAAAUGUUAUUACCAGAAAAACCACCAAAAUUAUUAAGAAUUUAAUUUUAAUACUGGAGGUUAUUGAUAGUUACUGCAAUAAAAUUAUGUAAAGCAUUAGAGAUUAAGGGAUAGAUACAUCAAGGAUUAAAUGUAUUAAUAUAAACUGAGAAUAUAACCAAAUCAUUUAAUAAAUCACUUGAAUGGGCUUUAACAAUAGAAAUUCAAUAUCUUUAUUAUCAUUUAGCUAUUAUUUGGAAAAAAUUAUAAAAUUAAGAAAGAACUUUUUAUGCUGCAAAUGAAUGCAUUUUACUUAUUAAGCAUGAUCUCAAAAAUAAAGCAGAACUUAAAUAAAUAUAUAUGCUAGCCGAGAUGCUUUAGUUAUAAUCAUCUACAAAAAAGUCAAUCCAUCAAUAGUUAUCAUACUUUAAUGAAAUUCAUUACUAUUAAACUAAAUAUUUUGGAGAAAAUCAUAAAGAAACAAUUAAAACUAUAAUGAAGAUUAACUAACUAAAAUCAGAGAUAUAAUUUGAAAAAGAAAUUGAAGAAUUCAGCAAAGAAGAUUUUUAAAAGAAAUUGCCAUUUUAAGAAGUGUCAUAAGUUGAUUUUUAUGGUGAAGAAAAAUCAUUUAAUAUGGAUUAAUAAUUAGAGUAAAAGCCUUAGUAAAAGUAACGAUUCGAUUCAAAAGAAUAUUUAAGAUAGAGAUUAUUUAAUUAAUAGAUGUAAGUGGUGAAAAAUGUUAAGAAUAAUUCUUAAUCGAAAUCAUCUCUUAAAAUUAGUCAUUAAUCAAAAAAGAGUUUAGAAGAUUUUAAAAAGUUUACUGAUGGCAAAAUAAAUGUUAAAAUUAAUUCAAGAACUUCUAGUUCUGGAGAAAAUAAAUUUUAUUAUUUCUUGAACAUCAAUAAUUUAUAGUAACUUUUGUAUAUUAAUUUUUAGAGGGAGAACAAAAACUGAAACAACUUAAUAUCGAACAAUUUUGAGUAAAAAUUAAGAUAGACUAACACCAUAAGGAUAUGUUAGUUAAUAAUUUCGAUGUAAAACUAAUAAAUCAAAUGUUUCACUUAAUAAUUCUUAAAAUAAAUAAGAAUUAAAUAGUGAAAAAACUUAGAAAGAUGAAUUAUUUAAAGAUUUAAUGACUUAAAGACCUAAGAGUAGUGUAGCAUAGUAGAGAUUAAUUAAAUAAUUAUAAAUGACUACUGUUAAUUAAACAAUGUAAAAUAAAAAGUCAUCCUAAUAAACUUAAUUAAGUAAUUAAAAGCCAAUUGAAAAAAUAUUAAAAAAACUAAAUACAAUAGAAUUAAACGUAAAAAAAAAAGUUUUAAAUCUUUAAUAACCGAUUUUGCAAUCUGAAAUAAGUACUAAAAAAUCAAAUUAAGCUUAAGAAAUAGUAUUCGGUUCUUAAUCAUAAAAGUCGAUCAAUUUGAUAACAUCUGGAGGUAUUUUAUUGAUAUUAUAAAUAAGAUGAUCAUACUCAUAAAAAAAGUGAUCUAGAUUAAUUUGAAUAUAAUUUAGAAAAAAUAAUUAAGAUUUAAAGAUAUUUUAGAUAAAAGUUAUAAUAAUCUCGUGACUACAAAUUGAAGCAUGAGAAAAUAAAUUUAAUUAAAUUUAGUUCAGGUUAGAUUUAUGAAGAAGAAGAUAAAUUUCAUGAGAAAACUCCUGCUAUUCGUUGUAAAUCAAAGGAUUUAAAAUUAUAUUAAAGAAGUAAUACAUCCUCAGUAGAAUCAAUAAAAUUUACAACAAAAAAGGAUAAUUUUUUAUAACCCUCAGUAUUCUAAACUAAAUAAAAAGAACACUCUUUUAAUAGUUAAGCAAGUAGUAGAUUAAUAAAUGUAAAAUCAGGAAGCAAUAGUUAGAUAAAGUAUAAUUACUAAAUAAUAACAUAGUGAACAAUCUUCAGAAUCUUUAUUAGAUUUUGAAUAAAUAUUUUAAAAUGUCGACAAAAAAUGGUCUUAUGAAGAGUACAUUUAAGGGUAAUGUUUCUUUUUUUGUGAUGAUUAAGCAGAUUAAAUUAUGAAACUUUUGAGAUUUAAAGCAAAAUUUCAUAAUGAAAAUGUUGAUGAGAAUAUUGGUUUAUUAUGUGAAAUAGAAAUAGAGAAAGGAUUCUAAUCUCAUGUUAUAAUCCUUCCAAUAAUGUUAUCAAUAAAGAAUUGGAAAAUAUAUUCGAAAUAAAAAGGUUUAUAAUUUUUUUAAAAUUUAUUAAAAGAAUUUGUUGAAUGCAAUUUUCCAAUAAUUCCUUCAACAACUAAAAUUUUAAUAUUUAAGGGUUAAUACUUUGAUAUUCAUUUAGAAUAAAUAAUACAUUAUAUAUCUGUGAUAAUGAAAAAUAUAUGUAAUGAAAGAAAACUUGUUGGAGUAAAAUUAUAUUAUUCAAAAAAUGUAUAAGCAAAAUUAAAUAGAAAAAUGAUUUAAUAAUAUUAUUAGAAAUAGAGAUAAGAGUAAAGAUAAUAUUACUUUCAUCCUUUGUAUUUUUUUAUGGAUAAAUAUGAUAUUAAAAUAAACAAAAGAACUAAUUCAAUAGACCUUAAUCUUAAAGGUUUGAUGGGAAAUGAAACAGCCAAAUAAAAGUUAAAAGCUGCUGAGAAUGCUGUGUUAUUUGCAAUUAGGGCAAAGAGCACAAUUUAAGUUUAACCUCCUAAACCACCUGCUAUUCCUUUGUUAUUAUUUGAAGAUGAUGAUGUAUAAUCACCUUAAAUUAUGGAAGUUUCAAUGAGAGAUCCUGAUGUAAAUAGGCUAUAAUUAAGGAAUAUUAUUAAUCCUUAAUUAAGAAAGCAAUCAAUUUAAGAAUAAUAAGAAAUGAAUAGAUUUAGUAAUCUUUUUAAUUAAAAAGUCCAUCAUUAAAGAAAUCAUUCAAAUCUAACUCCAAAGAAAGCUUCUGACAGUUUAUUUAAAAAAACUUUUACUAUUGAAACAAAUUUACUCUAAUAAAAAAUUUUGACAAGACCAUAAACUAUAAUUUAAUAAGUUGAUUAAUCUUUUUCAAGUUAAUCAUAAAAAUCAUAAGAUUCUUCUUAAAAUUAAUCAAAAGAUCAUGAUUUAUAACCACCUUCAGUUUCUCAUAGUGUAUCGUUAAGUUUUUAACCUCCUUCUUCAUUUUAGAAAAAAAAUGCUCCUAAUGUUUCUUAGUCUUAAUAAGGUAAUACAAUUUAUUCAGCAUAAAACUUACUUGACACAUAAUAAAAUUUAGUUGCAAAUUAAUUAUUUGAUACAUAAGCUUUAGAAGGUUUAGAAUUAAUUCCAGAAUAAGAAAAUGAUAUAGAAUAGAAAAUUAUUACAAUCUUUUAAAAGGAUGAUCAUUUUACAGUCUCACCAUAAUGGAAAAUAAAAAGAUAAGCCACUAUUCAUAAUUUUGAAGUUGAAUAUUUUUGGAAUCAACAUAAAGUAUAAAAAAAAGUAUUUUAAAAAAUAUACAAUAAUCCAUUUAAUAUAAAGGAAGUUUUAAUGAUCGGAACAUUACAAAUUGAUAAAUAAUAUUUUUUGGUAAGUGUAACAUAAAUUUUAAAAGAUAAAAUUGAUAUAUUUAAUCAAUCUGUUUUGAAUAAAAGAGAUCUUGUCAAAAUUUAAAUAACAUAUCGUUUAGCAUAUCCAUAAAAUUAUGUUUGGGAAGAUAGUGUAUUAAUCAAUUUUAAAGAGUUUAUUAAAUGGUUUGUUCCAGAUUUUGAAAUAUCAACUUAUAUUUAAUGUUUUGGAUUGAAUAAAAAUCAAAAAAUUUAAGCAUUUUAUUAUUUAGGUCGUUAUGCACACAUAAAAGAAUCUAAAUUAAAAUUAGAAUAUUAUGAAGAAAAGAAAAAUAAAAUUAAAGUUAAAUAACUAUAAAGAAGGGAUAUUGAAAUAUAAAGAAUGAAAAAAAUAGAAACUAUUUUAGUGAGAGAUAAACUUGAUUUAAAUUACAUUUCAAUUCUAGGUUUGAAUAAUUUAUAUCAAGAAUUAUUGAAAGGAAGAAAAAUAUAGGAAGAGAAAAUAUAAAGAAAAUAAGAAAGAUUAAAACUUUUUCUUUAAUUAACAGAUCCUAAUUAUUCAGAUCAAAUAACUUAGGGGCCUAAAUAUAUUGGAGAAGAUUAUGAUGGAGAAUCUGAAGAAAAAACUAUUUAAGUUCCAAAUAGUCUUUAAAUGUAAGUUUUGAAAUCUUACAAUACUGUUGUAUAUUUGCAAUCAAACAAAUAAAUUAUUAAAAUGUAAUCAACUUAUUUAAUUUGGGAAGGUUAAAAUCUCAAAAUGUGGAGACCUUUCUAAAGGAAGAUUUGGCAAUAAGUUAAAAUUUUAAAUAAAGAAAAACUUAUUAAUGCAAUUUAAUGUAAAUUAAGAGAUUAUAUUCUUAAAUAAAUCAUAGUAAAAACACUGAGUUUAAAUGGAAAGAAAUACACAAUCAAAUAAUAAAAAUAAUUUGCAACAAAUAACGCCACUUAAGAACUUCUUUACUAAUAUUUUUAAUUAAAAUGCUUUACAAAUUAAUAAUUUUAUAAUUUUUUAAGUAUUUUACGAACUUAAUUACUUUAAUUCGUAGAUUGUUCGUAAUUUUGGAAUGCAUAUUUUAAAUAAUAUAAAUAAUUAUAGCAUUGUAAUGUUCCCUAAGUUGGAGAUUGUUUAUUAGAAAUUCUUGUUUUUAUUGAUAACUUUGCAUAAGUAUUGAAUUAAAAUUUGAAUAGAUAUGUUUUUAUUAGAAUUAAUAUAUAUGAAAAGUAGAAUAUGAAGACUAAAAUGCACAAAUUGGUUUUAACACUUGAUGAUUUAUAAAUAACAUCUAAAAAACAAUAUGAUUUAAAUAAUGAAAAUAUUACUCAACAUAUAUUUGAUGAUGUUUAAAAUUUGAUGCAUAAAUAUGUUGGAUAUGAAAACUAUGGUUUUUCAAAACAUCCUACAUUAGUUAUUAAGAAUAAUAAAUCAAAUAGGACUAUCAGAUUAGUUAAUCAAUUACCUUGGCUUCAUAAUUUUAAUUAUGAUGAAUUUGAUGUAACACUUUACCCUUAAAAAUUAUAAUUUUACCAUCCUUAAGGUUAACAUCCUAAAAUAAUUUGUAAGAUUAUUAAGUUUUUGUAAUUUCCCUCAAUAUUUUCAAAGAAACAUUAUUCAUUUUAUGAUAGUUAUGAAAAAUAACAUAGUAAGUUAUAAAAAGAAAUCACUGUUAGAGUUCCAUGUAUUAUUUCAGUAGAAAAAUUUCAAGAAAUUUAAUGCUUUUAUAUUUAUAUUUAUUUUCCUCAAUUUUGUAAAAGAUUUAUUACAAAAUUACAUUUUGAUGAUAUUAUUCAAGAUUCAAAUUUAAGGUUAAAUAAUUAACUAAAAGAAUAAUUAAGAAUUCAUAGAAGUGAAAAAUAAUGGUAAAGCUUAAUUGAAUCAUUUAAAAUUGUUAUUAAUGAUCAAAGGAAAUUACUUUUAUUAAUUGAAAAAUUUUAAAUUUCUUGUGUACUAUAGGAAGUAAUCUAUCAAAAAAUUAGGUAAAUUUAAAAGAGUUAAGAAUCAAUAUUAUUUAUUGUAAACAUUGAGAAAAAAAUGGAAUAAGAUCCAAAUUAGGUCUAGAUUAAUUAUGCAUUUGAAAAAAUGAAAUUGCAAGAAUCAAAAAAUUUUAAUAUGUUUCUAAAAUUGCAAUGGUUGAAUCAACAUGAAAAUAUUUAAUCAUAUCGAUUACCCUUAUAUGAAUUAAUGAUUGGUUAUUUUGAAAAAACAAAAAAAAGUUUUAAUAUGUUUGAUUAUAAAUUUAAAUUGGUAGACUUAAUAAAAAUGUGUUAAAUUUCUGUUGAAAAUAUUAUUAUGAACUUUUCAAUGAAUAAAAUGAUUAAUUACAAUAAUACAUUAGAUUAAUUAAUACCAUAAUAACUUACAUAUAACAUACAUUAAACUAUUAAAUUAAAUAUGAAUCUAAAAACUAUUUAGAUUGAUAAAUCAGUUUUUAAAUUAUUAUACAGAGGUGUUUUAUUGAGAAAACCUUAAAUUUUAGUAGGCAUCUACCAGAAACAUCAUAAAUAAAAGUUGUAUUUUUAUAUUUAAAGAGCAACAGAUUGUGAAUCUUUUAUUCAUAAAAUCAGAUUUUAAGAGAUAGAAAAUAUUUAUCCAGGGUUUUAAAAAAAUUUAUAAAUUAAUCAAAGAUCGAUUGGUCCUAAUAUAUUUAAAAUUCUGAAAAAUAGAUUGAUUGUAUAAAGUUAUUAUUAAUUAAAUUGA